AUGGCGACCGAAGAUACUAUGGCGCCCGUUGCAACAACGGAGCGCGUUGGGGAGGAUGCGCGCACGCCGGCCCUGAUCUCACCGCCUGAGUCGAAGACACCGCCAACAGCGACCCACAAGCGCAACCAAGCCGACUUUGCGCAUGACCGCAACUCAGAGCCAGUGGAUGCUUCGGCAUUGAGCAAGGCUUUGGAACAUUUUGAGCGAGCAGGACGCGCGCCAGAACGACCCAUUGCAAGUCCCAGUCGCAAACGCCAGCGUAUCUACGGUGAUAGAUUCAUCCCCAAUCGAGCUGGCCAGGAUCUUCAGGCGAGCUUCUCACUGCUCCACGACGACGCUUCACCCGCUACACCGUCACGAAGCGCGAAGCGUGCCCCGCACAAUGAGCUGCACUUUCAGCGGACUGAGGAAGCCAAUCGGACAUAUUCCGCCGUCCUGCGACAGGAGUUGUUCGAGGGAUCUGUGCCCCAAGCUUUGCCUCAAAGUCUCUCCCCGACCGAUAGUGCCAACCUGCGUCGCUCUGGGCGCUCACAUACCCCUCCAGCUCAUGCUGCAACGGCACUACCAGCGCCUAAUUUGACACCGUCUACCCCACAUAAGAACUUCUUCAACUACUCGGGGCAACCGACACCAUCAAGAACUCCCUCCAGCCGACAUGGCAUCAAUCUCAAUGCGCAAUCCGAUCUCUACAGUCUCUCACCCAUCAAGCUUAACAGCCAGCGAAUGCUUCUCAGCCCACAGAGAACACCGCGUGCCGUAUCCAAAGUGCCGUACAAGGUUCUCGACGCGCCAGACCUGGCGGACGAUUUCUAUCUCAAUCUGGUAGAUUGGGGCAGUCAGAACAUCCUCGGCGUCGGACUAGGGUCUUGUGUGUAUAUGUGGAAUUCUUCAAGUGGUCGGGUCACGAAACUGUGCGAAUUGACCGAUGACUCCGUCACGAGUGUCAGCUGGAUACAGCGCGGUUCCCAUCUCGCCAUUGGCACCAAUCGAGGUUUCGUACAGAUCUGGGAUGCGACUACACAACGUCGUCUGCGAACUAUGACUGGCCACUCUGGGCGUGUCGGUGCUCUUGCUUGGAAUGAACACAUCCUUACAUCCGGUUCACGAGAUAGAUCGAUAUACCACCGUGAUGUCAGACAGCCAGAACAAUGGCUUCGAAAGCUUGUCGGCCACAAGCAAGAGGUUUGCGGACUCAAGUGGAACAACGACGACAUGCAACUCGCAUCGGGUGGAAACGACAAUAAGCUUAUGGUUUGGGAGAAACUCAAUGCUGAACCCACCUACAAGUGGAGUGAGCAUCAGGCCGCCGUGAAAGCCAUUGCCUGGAGUCCCCACCAACGCGGUCUUCUAGCCAGCGGUGGUGGUACCGCUGACCGAACAAUCAAGUUCUGGAACACAUUAGUCUCUUCGAAUGGACCUUCGUCUGCAUCGCUUGCUGCCGCUUCAUCUGCAGCGUCUGCAUCGGGCCCCGGCGAUGUGGACUUCCAGUCAACAACGCCAGCCAAUCUGAUCAAGAGCCUGGAUACUGGUAGCCAGGUGUGCAAUCUGGCAUGGUCUAAGAACAGCAACGAAAUCGUAUCGACUCACGGAUACAGUCAAAACCAAAUCAUCGUUUGGAAAUACCCCAACAUGCAGCAAGUUGUUUCGCUCACUGGCCAUACAUACCGUGUCCUUUACCUCGCGAUGAGCCCAGAUGGGCAGACCAUUGUCACUGGUGCAGGAGACGAAACUCUUCGCUUCUGGAAUUGCUUCAAGAAGAAGGAGAGAACCGGGAGCCUCAACAAUACCAUGGAUAAGUGGGGUGUCAUUCGAUGA